AUGCUGUCAAGCCUGACAACCAAGAUCGCACUGAAGAAGGUCGGGCUGAGUAGCAAGAGCUUCGACUUCAGCGGCGGGGGCUCGUCGGACACGAGGAAAAAGAGCAGCGGUUCGAGCAACGACGAUUCCGCAGAUGAGAACCCGAAUGGCGGCGGCUGGCCGGCGUGGAUGUCGAUGAAGGCCCUGCCCAUCACCGUAGCGCCGUGGUUCUCUCCGCCGCCGCCUCCGGUGCCCGUGGCCGAGGUCCCGAAGAUCGGCGAUCUGGCCCCGCUGGACCGUGAUAGGAAGCUCGAGUUCGGACGCGGCCGGCCCGUUCUCGUCGUCUUCCUCCGCUGCGUCGGCUGUGCUUUCGCUCAGAAGACCUUCCUCGCACUACGAGCCUUGGCGAACAAGCACGCCGGCACGCUCACUUGCGUGGCUGUGUCGCACUCGUCGUCCGCCGCCACGCAGAAGUGGAUCGACAUGUUGGGCGGCGCGUGGAACGUCCAGGUCGUCAUCGACGAGGACCGCGCCGUCUACGCCGCCUGGGGCCUGGGCCUGGGCUCCGUGUGGUACGUCUUCAACCCGACGAGCCAAGUGCAGGGGUGGAAGGAAAAGGGGUGGCUCGGGGAGAAGGUUGCGGGGGCGAUCCAGCGGACCGGGACGGGGGUCGGCGAAGGGGGUUCGUCGUCGAGUCCUGCGCCCGUUCAGAGGCGAGGGACCGGGACCGGUGGUCAGAAGGGCGGCGCGUCACCGGCGGGUGGCGCUGCGGUAGGAGACGAGAUCGAGGGGCCUAGUACGGUCAUGGGGAAUAAAUGGCAGACAGCGGGUGCGUUCGCCGUUGACGGGAGGGGAACGAUCGUUUGGGGCGGGAAGGCGUUGAGGGCUGAUGAUCUGAUGGACUUGGAAACUGGGGCCAAGAUCCUGGGCAUGUAG